CUCUCUCAUCACGUCGACAACCAUCACCAUACGAUCACGCUCCAACUCCCCCCAUCUUCAACGUCUUCUCCAGUAUCUAGGGCACUAAGCUACCCUUCUACCCCCUCCCCUCAAGUCCCCAAAGGCAGCUCAGCGUCCUGAGUUCAAUCUCGCAGCGGUACAUACCCCCUUUUCAAUCCACUAUCCCGUGUUCCGUUACCCAAAUACACUCAGCCCUCCAUCAUGUCGACUGCCAACGAACUGGCCGAAAAUAUGGCCUCUGUCUCCAUCAACGACUCUACCAAUGGCGCAACUCCUGUAGGUGCUAUUCAGACCGAUGCCACUGCAGCCAGCGCCGAUGAGGGACGUCGCCUGUACAUUGGGAAUCUCGCAUAUGCGACCACAGAGGGGGAACUCAAGGACUUCUUCAAGGCUUACACCAUUGAAAACACCUCCAUCCCCGUGAACCCUCGCACUACCCGUCCUGUUGGAUAUGCCUUCGUCGACCUUGCUACUGCGCAAGAGGCCCAGGCUGCCAUUGCUGAGCUCUCUGGCAAGGAAAUCCUCGAGCGUAAGGUUUCCGUCCAACUUGCCCGCAAGCCCGAACCCGCUGAGAAUAAGGGCGAGGCUGUUAGCGGUGGUGAGGGUGCAAGUGGAGGUGAGGGCCGCAAAAGAGGCUAUGGUCGCGGUCGCGGACGUGGACGUGGCCGCGGUGGCCGAUUCGGGGCUCGCGGUGGCCGCGCGGCAAAGGAGCCGAAUGGAGAGCACGCUGAAGGGACCCCCGAAGGAACACCCUUGGCCGAUGUGACUAAUGAGCCUGGUGAUGCCCCCAAAGACGCCAAGAGUCGUCCUCGUGUUCAAAAGCAACGUGGCCCGCCAGAAGAUGGGAUCCCGUCCAAGACAAAGGUUAUGGUUGCUAACCUUCCUUACGAUCUUAGCGAGGAGAAGUUGAAGGAACUUUUUGCUGCUUACGAACCCGUCUCCGCCAAGAUUGCACUUCGACCCAUUCCGCGUUUUAUGGUCAAGAAACUCCAAGCUCGUGGUGAGCCCCGCAAGGGCCGUGGAUUCGGUUUUGUCACUCUAGGCUCUGAGGCUCUCCAGACCAAAGCUGUCGAGGAGAUGCACGGCAAGGAAAUAGAAGGACGGGAGAUCGCAGUCAAAGUUGCCAUCGACAGCCCCGGCAAGGAGGAUGACAUCUCUGGUGAAGAGCAGGCUACCGCUGAAGCCCCUGCUGAUGCACCUGUUACCGCUUAAAAUCAGUAUUUCCCAGCCCGACGACUAAUGAAUAGGGGGGGUUGAGAAGGGUUCUACAAGGAAUAUGACGAUUAAGGCUUUUUGAUAAGUAUUCUAUUAACGGGCUGUAUGAAAUUGCUUAAAUGGUGAAAUAUUGUUUUACAAACUGUUUUUGCCGUUACUCUCUAAGGCCUUUUCAGAUUCCUCCCCUGGUUUCAUUAUAGGGUGGUUCGAACUUUGGGAUGGAUGUCAAUGAGGGAAACAUAUCCAUUUCAAAAAUUAAAACCGAAAGAGAAGACCAAAAAUAUGUGAAAAAAGGGAAAAAUUCAAUCACAACAAUUGACAAGGAGGAAAAAGCACCAUUGCAGCAUUUCCCAAAUUUGGGCCUCAUGGCCCACUUCUUACGAUGUAUCUUAGAAGAUAUUUUCAAUCAUAUUAUGAAUUUGUAUUUUUUUUC